AUUUCUCAGUUCUUCUCUUCUUUUAUUCUUCCAAUGUCUACAAACUCAUCAGACAAUGUUGCUCACCUUGAUGAAGUGAUUGUAGCCAUGGUGCCAUUUCCUGAUUUUAGCCAUCUCAAUCAACUCUUCUUUCUUGCUCGUUUCAUCGCUUCCCAUAAUAUACGAGUACACUUCCUCUGCCUUGCUGAUCGGAACCAAAAUUUGAAACUUCGCGUCCAAGGUGGUCUAUGUGCCUCAAACAUCCAUUUUCAGGACCUUUUGGUACCUUCUUCUCUUGAUGCUGGCAAUGAUUUGCCUUCGAUUAUUAUAUUUAUGAAAACGCUCGUUGAGCCCAUUAGAAGAACUUGUACUGAUAUCUCUACCAAUGCGAAGAGAUUGGUUAUAAUUCAUGAUUCCAUAAUGAUGGAGCAUAUAAGGGAUGUUCAUUCAUUGAUCCCAAACGUGGAGUCUUAUAUGUUCCACGCCAUUUCAGCUUUUGCAAGAUACUCUAUGCUCCGACAAAGUAUUAAUCACUUAGUUGAUGAUGAUGAUCAUGAAAAAAUGAUCAAACAAAUGCACGAUGAGUUUCCGUUGUUGGAGAGCUGUUGUGGACCAUAUGCAGCAGCACUCGUUAGAAAAGAACAUGAAUGGAAGCUCAAUUCAGGAGAAAUCAUGAACUCGUGCAGAGAAGUCGAAAGUAAGUACCUGAAUUUACUUGCACAUACAAAAGACAAGAAGUAUUGGGCUAUUGGUCCACUUCAUAUGUUGCUAGAAUCACGCGACUCUAGCAACAUGACGAAGCAUGAAUGUCUAGAAUUUCUAGACAAGCAAGAUGUUAACUCAGUUAUAUUCGUCUCGUUUGGAACAACCACUACAUUAAGACAAGAGCAAGUCAAUGAGCUCGCGCUUGGUUUAGAACAGAGCAAUCAUAACUUCAUUUGGGUACUAAGACAAGCAGAUAAAAAGAUAGAAACCGAAAAACUUGAAGAGAAUGAGGAGAAGAUUGAAUUGCCAAAAGGAUUUGAAGAAAGAAUGGAAGGAAGAGGACUAGUGGUGAAAAAUUGGGCACCACAAUUGAAAAUCUUGGGACAUACAUCGACAGGCGGGUUUUUGAGUCACUGUGGAUGGAAUUCUUGUCUCGAGAGCAUUAGCAUGGGAGUGCCUAUAGCAGCUUGGCCAAUCAAUUACGAUCAACCAUUUAACGCUGUUUUUGUAACCAACUUGCUGAAGAUUGCAACAUCUGUUAGGAGUUGGGAACGUCAAGAGGAAUUGGUGACAGCAUCAACCAUUGAGAAAACUGUCAACAAGUUGAUGGGAACGACAGAAGGGAUCGAAAUGAGGCAAAGGGCAGUAGAGUUGAGCAAUAAGAUCAGGAAUUCUGUUAGCCGCGGAGGAGAUGCACGCAAGGAAAUUGAAUCUUUCAUAUCUUGUAUUAUCAAAUAACUUCA